AACCAGAGAGCUUCGACCAAACCCAGAAAAACCCUCGCCGCAGCCCCCUUCUCCCCACCCUAUCUCCCCCAUUUCUUAACCUUUUUAGCCCAUUUUUUUUUUAAAAUCCUCCAUUUUCGAUACUUAAUAACAUACACCUAAAAAGUUUUAAUUUUUUAGCCUCUUUAAGUGUCAUCCGAACCCAAAUAGUAAACUUUAGGUGUGAAAUCCGGCCACCCAUUUUUGUUGAGAAAUUGUUCAAUCUCAACCUCGUUUAAGGUAUAAAUAUUGCUUCUAUUCUUAUUGUAUUAUGUAUAUUGUUUUAUUUUAUGUUUUUGUAAAUUAUUAUUUGAGUUUUUUUAUUUUAUUAGUAAUAUUAUUGUGUUUUAUGUGUAUAGUGUCGGGAUUUUUUACGGUGGUCGUCGGAUUGCGGUUAUUAGGGGUUCGGCAUAAUUUUGUGUGUAGCGUAUUUGGGCUUGCAAUUAUAGGGUCCACUCGCUCAACCGCCCUCAAGACGUGAUGCGUCAAAGGGGAAAGCUCCGAUGCUUUCUCCACAAAGCCGUGGUGCACGGGAAGAUGAGUUGUUCACGGAAGAGAAGAUGGCGUUGAUCCCUAAUUCGCUGAAAUGGAUGAUUCAUGAAUUCCUAAGGCUCAAAGAUAAACGUGAUAUAAUCACAAUUUCUGUCCCCCGAGGAUUCAUUGCACCGCGUACCCAGAUCAUUUUAUCUGGAGAGGAUUUGCAGCAGGUUGCUACGUGUAACUACAUCGGCAACCAGGGAAUGCUGUUUGGAAUGAUGCACAUAUGGGAGAGCAUCAACGGUCUGAGAAAAAUUUUCAAGUUUUACGACCCAGAGCUUCUCACAGUGCAUGGGAUCAGCGAUGAAGAACAGAGUCAGUCUUUUGACGAUGCGGCAAGACGAUUGGCUAAUUGGUUAUCAUUAAUGAACAGCAACCACCAAAUGUUCUUUAUUCCUUGGAAUAUCGGGAUGCAUUGGACGCUAGUGGUGGUUGUGCCAAAGAAAAUUAUCCAUUUAAACCCUCUAAAAGGCCGCCCAAUUCCCGAAGAAAUAGAACAAAUGAUCGGAAGGGCAUUCAUGUAUAUAGGGGACGCACAUCAGUAUCUUGGCCCGUGGCAAGGAAUUGCACAAGCAAACUGUCCAAGACAACCUAAAAGCCAAGAAUGCGGUUUUUAUGUUUUGAAAUAUAUGACUGACAUCGUCGCACGUGCCAACCCCAACCGUUACAUAGAAGAUCAAAAAGCUUUUGGGGGUAAGAAGCAAUACGAUCCAAAAACAGAAAUUUUACCACUACAGCGAAAGUGGAUCGAACAAUUGAUGGCGGUGAUUCACGGUGACGAUUGAGGUUCAAAGGUCGAAGAAUUUUUCUUCAUUAUGUAAUUUUUAUAGAUUAACUUGUAAUUAGAUUUAUUAACUUAUUAAUAUUUUUAACUAAUUUUACAUGUUUGUGUAAUAUUUAAUUAUUUUUAUGAAAUCAAAUUAUGUUUUUACCC